CCAUGUCUUUGGCAGAUGAAAGUUGCCAAGGCAUUCAUCCAGAAAGACUGGGACAUAGUGUGCAUCACCAGCAUGUCAUUGGGGAAGACCAUGACCUUCUGGAUGCCACUACUCUUGAAACCUGGGAUUCAAAUUGUUGUUACACCAUUAAAUCAACUUGGCAAACAGAAU